GAGGUCGCGGCAGGGAAGAGCGGAAGUCCUCCCGCCUCCGCCCGCCCCCACGCUCCCUUCAGUCCCUCCCCUCAACUCCGUGCGCAAGGUCGUGUCCCGGAAGUGAAGGGGCCAUGUUGGUGGGUGACCCCGGGAGAGAUACCGGGCGAGAGGCGAAUCCCGAGGAGUGGUAGCGCGCGCAGUCCCGCGGCUUGACGCCCAGCCCCUGCCUGUCCCCCAUGGCCCCAUGGAGCCGAGAGGCGGUGCUCAGUCUCUACCGGGCCCUGCUGCGCCAGGGUCGAGAGCUUCGCUACACUGACCGAGACUUCUACCUUGCCUCCCAUCCGCCGUGAGUUCCGGAAAAAUCAGAAGCUAGAGGAUCCUGAGGCCCGGGGAGAGGCAGCUGGAAAAGGGCCUGGUCUUCUCCACAGCAAAUUGGGGGGAAUUAUUUAGGAUCCCCUCCUUUCCCCUCUCAUCCUAAUUCCAAGGGAAAGAGAACAAAGGUGUCUUCCGUAGACACUCCUGCUCUUUCCCAUCCCUACCUCACAGAUGCAGUAAGAAGCCUCAGGUGAACGAUGGCAGGCUCUGGUGAGCGCAGAGGCAAGAAGGAUGACAAUGGCAUCGGCACGGCCAUUGAUUUUGUGCUCUCCAACGCCCGGCUGGUGCUGGGGGUGGGUGGAGCGGCCAUGCUGGGCAUUGCCACGCUGGCGGUGAAGCGGAUGUACGAUAGGGCGAUCAGUGCCCCUACCAGCCCCACCCGCCUGAGCCAUUCAGGGAAAAGGAGCUGGGAAGAACCGAACUGGAUGGGCUCCCCCCGGUUGCUGAAUAAGGACAUGAAGACAGGCCUGAGCCGGUCCCUGCAGACCCUUCCCACAGACUCCUCAGCCUUUGACACGGAUACAUUCUGCCCUCCCCGGCCCAAGCCAUUGGCCAGGAAGGGCCAGGUAGACUUGAAGAAGUCACGACUCCGCAUGUCCCUGCAGGAGAAACUUCUUACUUACUACCGGAACCGGGCAGCCAUCCCUGCUGGUGAGCAGGCUCGGGCCAAGCAAGCUGCUGUGGACAUAUGUGCCGAGCUCCGGAGCUUCCUGCGGGCCAAGUUGCCUGACAUGCCACUUCGGGACAUGUACCUGAGUGGCAGCCUCUAUGAUGACCUGCAGGUGGUGACAGCGGACCACAUCCAACUCAUCGUGCCCCUUGUCCUGGAGCAGAACCUGUGGUCAUGUAUCCCUGGUGAGGACACCAUCAUGAACAUCCCUGGCUUCUGCCUGGUUCGUCGUGAGAAUCCAGAGUAUUUUCCUCGGGGUAGCAGUUAUUGGGACCGCUGUGUAGUAGGGGGCUACCUCUCCCCAAAGACAGUGGCAGACACGUUUGAGAAGGUAGUGGCUGGCUCCAUCAAUUGGCCAGCCAUUGGGUCCCUCUUGGACUAUGUGAUCCGACCAGCACCACCCCCGGAAGCCCUGACUUUGGAAGUGCAGUAUGAGUGUGACAAGCAUCUUGUCAUUGACUUCUUGCCAUCAGUGGCCCUUGGCGACACCGUCUUGGUAGCCAGACCACACCGGCUGGCGAAGUAUGACAACCUAUGGCGGCUGAGCCUGCGUCCCGCGGAGACGGCCCGCCUACGGGCUUUGGACCAGGCCGACUCGGGCUGCCGGUCUCUGUGCCUCAAGAUCCUCAAGGCCAUAUGCAAGUCCACUCCGGCUCUGGGCCACCUCACUGCCAGCCAGCUCACUAACGUUAUCCUCCACUUGGCCCAGGAGGAGGCUGACUGGUCUCUAGAUAUGCUGGCAGACCGAUUCUUACAGGCCCUGAGGGGACUCAUCAGCUACUUGGAGGCCGGAGUCCUGCCCAGUGCCCUAAAUCCCAAGGUGAACUUAUUUGCAGAGCUCACUCCUGAAGAAAUAGAUGAAUUGGGAUAUACUCUCUAUUGCUCACUCUCUGAGCCGGAGGUGCUGCUGCAGACGUAGGGCCGGUGAAGGCCAAAGCGGGCGUCAGGUGGUCAGACCCUGGCUUCUCCGUUAGAAACACGUGACUGCAUAGUUGGUGCCUCACAGGGUCCCUAGGUGCCUCCUGUCUUGCUGGCCAUCGCCCCGGUCACUUCAUGCUCAUCAGAAUGCCAUCUCCUUGGGUCCUGUUUUCUCACCCAGCCCUUUCUGUUUUUGUUACCAAACACUGUGCUCCUGCUCCUCCGCUCCCCCUUGCUCCAGGCUAAUUUUUCUGGAAUGAAUUGAGAAGGUGGAGCACUGGCCUGAGCUGGUGUUUUGCAUUGUGGCCCAGGUUUUCUGUCCCUGUCUGCCCUGCCCUUUUGCCUGUUCCUUUUCAGUGUCUUCUCUUGUCUUUUCCUCUUGUUCACGACUUCUGUUUUGCUCUUUCCCCUGGAGCAUAUCUGCCUAGUCAAGAUGUUGCCUUUUCCUUGAAUGUCACCGGAGAGUUACGAUUGCACGUUUCCAAGCUGAGCUCUGCAGAGUGAGUGCUCAGACAGUAUUUAGAGUUUCUGGGGGUAAAGCUGGUGGAAGAGCUGGCCUUUGACCCAGGUUCCUGGAGAAGAAGCCCAUUUCCCCUGCCUCCUGACCAGCUCCAAUUUCUAAGUGCUGAGAAGGUCUCAUGGGAACACUUACUGACCCACACAGGAGGGAGGCUCAAUAUAAACUGGAUGCCACGUUGUUUGGAGAUUGUGUUCUUUGGUGGCCACCAGAGAGACUGCAGUGGGGGAGCUGGCGGUGGUGAAGAGGGCCUAGGGAAGGGUGUGUGUGCCCGAUGGCUGAGCCUCACCCUUGGCUGGUCCAGAUCAGCGCUGCUGUGUGAGCAGCUGGGGGAAGACGGGGGGGGAAGGGGCUGUUGGGACAGCACCUGUGCACGGGUGCUGCUGUUCAGCCCCUUCCUUGCCUUAUUGCCAAUUAGGACAAAGCCUUCAAGGACACAGCCUUUGUGGUAGAGGUUGAAGGGAGGUUGACAGGCAGCAAGCACCAGCUGAAAAAUCCAGUCACCGGUUGAGGCUUGGCGACCGUGUUUCUUCCCCAUGAGGCCCUGCCUUUCCAGGACGUUGCCUGAGCGCAGGAACAGGCCCACAGCCAGCCUUUCAUUCCCCAGUGUCUGCCAUAGGAACAUGAGGGGGCGUUUGCUGAACUCCCCAGGCCCUGCCAGAGGCCAGAGGGCAAGCAGACCUGCGCUGACCUCUUUCCCGUCCUGUCUCACUCCGCACCUGGGGAGACUGGUGCUACCCAGGAAGAGCACGCAUGGAUAAGACAUAGGAGAGGGAUGUGGGGCUUCCUACACUCCCUCUGGUUUUCUGCUGCUAAAACUGCACUGUGUGUUGCAACGACAGAGGUAUCCUGACCGGCGGGGGGCGGGGGGGGAGGGUUACACACAUCGUCAGUGCGGCUGCUUGUUUUGUGCUUUCUUCCUGUUUGUGGCAAGAAGCCAAUAAUAAUUCUGUUUCUGAUCUGCCCAUCCAGUAUUUUGUUCUCCCAUCAAGUUUUAUUUUUUCUCUUCUUACUACCUCUCCAUCAGUGAGAUUCUGGUGAAGCUCCCCGCAGCUGUCUCAUUCCUUCCCAAUGACAGCAGCAUGAAAUGGCUCUUUAAAUAGCAUUGAAACCUCAGCUAUCCUUUGAAUCUAGGGUAGAGAUUCCUGUACCCUUUUUGUCAUGGAUUAGGAGGUUGUGAACUAGGGUUAACCUUGGCUAUAUUUGGAAAAUUUUCCUGCUUCUCUCAUGGAUCUGCAAAGGUUCCUUAAAGUGGUUCAGUUGCCAUUUGUAUGAAGCCAUUGAGAGAGAAUGAAAAAUAUAAAGCCCAGAACCCCAAGAGAGAUCCUCCAUCCUAGCUGUUCAUCAGAAUCAAAUUAGAGUUUAAAGAAAAUCUCUGUGCCUGAGUACUAUCCUAGGUGACUGGCAGAGAGGGUACGGGGCGGGACCUGGCAUCGAAGGUUCCCGUGCACCUGUCUGGUAUCCAUUAGAGGGAAGGGAGAGGGGAGGUUGCAAAAGCAUGGGUUAGUCUUCGUUGAGAUAAAGGAUUUGGUUUUCCUACUGUAUUAAAUAGGACCUAGUUUUCCCAAGCUGGCAUCUCUGACCAAAUUCCAUAUAAAACAUUGGAAGGAGAGCUGAAAAAAACAAGCGGUUUUAAAGAUGAAGUCCCCAAUUAUCAAAGCCAGGUGUAAUUGUGGUUUGAUUUUAUCUCCUUUCUUAAAAGAGCAUCUUUCUAAGGGCAUCUCUGUCUCUUAACUAUGUUUCACAAAACCAAAAACCGUAACUUGCCCAUUUCACAAGCAAGAGCCACCCGGAACUCCUCAGAACUAGAAGCAGUGGGAGUUCUUGGCCCUGGUCCUGGAGGGUUUGCUGACUGAGGCUGGGCCAGCCUUGUAAAACAUGGAAGAUAGUCUGGUGCUUGGAGGUUCUUGGAUGGAAGAGGGCAACAUUCUGCCCCAACCCCCACGCCCCGCUCCGCCCCCGCUGUCCAAUUUUUUUAAUCUUUGGGGAAGGAUGUUGUGCCUCUCCCUGCCAUUCUGCCUUUCUACUCAGUAACUCCCACCUUUGCCUGAAGUUUUUUGCACCGUCUAGGUUAGCAAACCAUGAGUUAGCCUAAUGCUUAAAAAAUAUACUCAUUGCCUUGAAAGCCUAAUCAAUUCCAAAGCGUAUUUUGGUUUUUUCCCUGUUGCCCCGUCCUAAAAAAUGAGUUCAGGAUAACAGUAUUUUAUAUGCUUGGUUGUGACUUUUUUUUCCCCCUCAAAUAAAUAAUCAAAAACUAAUGUCUGGAAAAACUGUGUUGAGGCCUAUAGUCUUUUCCUCCUUGGUCUCAGCCCCUGGUGGUCACCCUGUUCACACUCCAGAUUAGCUGGUGUUGCUCCCUUAUACUCCACUCAAGUUGAGAAUUCUCUUUUUUUUUUUUUUUUUAAGAUUUUAUUUAUUUGAGAGAGAGAGCACAAGCUGGGGGAAGAGCAGAAGCAGAGGGAGGGGGACAAGGAGGUUCC